AUGCUAGUACUGGCGAGAAUUCUUUUUGAGCAAAUCCGCGUAUGGAUGAAAAAAGUGGACGUAUGGAUAUACCAUUACCAUGGACCUGUCGCUCUCUCGGUUGCCGGCGAUGAAUCAUCGACGAUUCUGAGCUCAGUAGACCGGUUUAAAGGCAAAGAGAAAAUACCUUUCGUGAAGACAAUGCGACGGACGAAGGCUGCACUCAUUCUAUUUGUCUCGUAUGCAACUGUGAUUAUAGCCGUAGAUGUCAGCUUCGUAGCCGUGCCUUCCGUCAAUCUCUGGGAUCCACGUUCUUUCACGGUUCGGUAUGGGCAAGGAUUUGCCGAUAUGUCGUUUCUAGACAGCCUUGUGACUGUAGGACCUUUAGGCACUGUACCCUCUUUCCUUGGUCUCAACAUUACCGGAACUCCAUCUGUAACUUGGGAUGAGCAAAUACCUCACAUCGCAGAUGAGAACUAUGCAGAAAUGAUUGUAAACGGGACACUGACUGCGGAGGAGGAGAAAGAACGAGUUUGGUUUCUCAUGAUAACCGUCACCGCGGGACAGCCAGAAGGCGUCUCGAAGUUCGUAGACGAUGUUUUCGAUGCCACAAUAACUAUACCCUGGAGAAAGGAGAGCUCCCUCAUGUGCGCUUCGGACGAAUUGACUAUCUUAAUGUUACGAUCAUCACCACUAAAUGGGCUGUCUGGUCACCGAGGACAAACUUUGCGGUUCUAUAAAGCCGGUCAGAUAAGGUUGACCGACAAAAUCCUCCACCAAUUUCUCAAGGAGAAGGCAUGGAGCAUCAAAGAGCCAUGGAAAUCCAUCUAUGGCCCUGGUGGCGAACGCGAAUACAUUUUAGACUACUUGGCACAUUUUUUGUCCAAAGUCUAUGGUGCUCUUAUUCGUGUGCCGAAAUGGCUCAUGUACACGAUGAGCGGAGGUCUUAGCGCUGCUAAGCCUGCACCCAAGCCUGUGUCUGCACCCGCAGCUCCAGAACACGCAGUCGCGUCGAGUGCGACGAAUACGCCGCAGAAGGGAUCUACUAAAAGGAUGGGAAAGAAAUAG